CAACACAUACAUUUUUGUAACACACCGUUUAUAUAAUAGACGAAAUUAUUGUUCUCAAAUCGUAAAUUGUAGUACGGCAUGUUAUGCAGCUCUUUCCUAUUCUUCUAACUUAUGGCCUGUGGGAUAUUAUUUUCUUUUUUCUUUUUACAUCAUGUAAACUGUUGCACAAACGUUCUUUACAUUCUAGACAUUGUUUUAUUUUAUUCUUAUUUUUUUUUUACAAGAGAGCUAUAAUGAAUUUUUUAGUAGUCCUUUACACUUUAUUGGAACAUUAAAUGAGCAAAAAUUAAAUUCUAGGAAUUAAGCAGAGCAUAAGAAAGAGCAGAGAAUAGAAGAGGGAUAAAAGAAAAAUAAAUUGGUAACAGAUAUGAACCAGUGUAUGUAAAAUACUUACACGGAUACGAGGAGUCUUCAUUACAUUCAUCGACAAUACGACUGACUAAUACUAAGCUGUAAUUGAUGCAAAUAGCGGCU